GUAGGAAGAACCCAUUUCCCUAUAAUAACGGUAGGUCCACGAUUUUCAUUGAUGACUAAGACCUUUCACUGUUGAUUGGAGCCAAAAUAUUGACAUCUUGUGCCUUUGUCAGUAACUGGAGACCGAAAGCCGUGCGUCGCCAGAGAUUUCCAACAUGGGGGUUUCGUGUGCGUGUGUAACGCCACCUACUGCGACAACAUGGAGCCCAACACAAAACUACCCAAGGGCCAGGCCGCCAUGUACAUGACCACUCCAGGAGGAAAGAGAUUCGACAAGAUUGUUCUCAACAUGACUGCCAAGUCUAACGACACAGAUCCGAACGACAACGUUUGGACCGUCAAGAAGAACGUUACGUACCAGAAGAUCCGGGGAUUCGGCGGUGCCUUCACUGAUGCCGCGACUAUGAACAUCAUGAGUCUGUCUGAGGGAGCACGGAAGAACCUCAUCUCCGCUUACUUCAGCCCGACUGAAGGUAUCGAGUACACCCUGGGCAGGGUGCCGAUGGGAAGCUGUGAUUUCUCCACCAGGCCGUACACGUAUGAUGACACACCAGAGGAUUUGGAACUCACCAAGUUUGCUCUGGCUGAAGAGGAUAUGAAGUACAAGAUUCCCGUCAUCAAAAGCGCCAUGCAGAUGAGUGAACGGAAGAUCAACCUGUUCGGGAGCCCAUGGACAGCUCCUGCCUGGAUGAAGACCAGCAACAACGAAACAGGAAAAGGGACUCUGAAGGGGAAGGCUGGAAACCCGUACCACAAGGCCUGGGCUAACUACUUUGUCAAGUUUCUUGACGAGUACAAGAAGCAGGGUGUGGAUUUUUGGGGUCUGACGACACAGAACGAACCGACGGAUGGAGAAAUCUCUCACUUUCCGUUCCAGGCCAUGGGGUGGACAGCAGAGUCGCAGCGAGACUGGAUCGCCAGUGACCUUGGCCCUGCCCUUGACCAGGCUGGAUACAGUAACAUCAGCCUCAUGAUCCUGGAUGACAAUCGACUCUGGUUACCAGGCUGGGCUACGACGGUGCUGAACAAUGGCACGGCAGCAAUGUAUGUGGACGGUAUAGCUGUCCACUGGUACAUGGACCAGCUGGUUCCUGCGAACGUGCUGUCCUUCACUCAUGACGACCUGCCGGACUACUUCGUGCUGUCCACCGAGGCGUGUCAGGGCUUCUGGCCGUGGGACGACAAGGUUCUCCUGGGCAACUGGAACCGGGCGGUGGAGUACAGCACAGACAUUCGUGAGAACUUGAAACACUGGGUGGUCGGCUGGACAGACUGGAACCUGGCCUUGAACAUGAGCGGGGGACCCAACUGGGAUCACAACGGGGCGGACGCCGCCAUCAUUGUAGACAGCAAGAAGGACGAGUUCUACAAACAACCGAUGUACUACAUCAUGGGGCACUUCAGUAAGUUCAUCCCAGAAGGCUCUGUUCGUGUGGAGAUACAAGGCCCACCAUACAAGGAGGAGGACCAAUGGAUGAUGGCUUUCAGCUUACCGGAUGGGUCCAUGGUAGUCGUUAUGUAUGGUUUUUUUGUUGAAGCUCACAUCCACGACCCGGACGCUGGGUUCAUCAACUUCCAACAGCUUGACGGAGGCAUCACCACGGUACAAUGGUGGCCGUGACAUUUCAACACGGCAAUUUAUCAGCUUGACAAGGAAGCUUAUUGGAGCUAGCACACCGGAGUAGUGGUCUAUGAUCAUAUUGGUGGUCAAAUGAAAUACUAGAUAGGUAUAUGUAGGUAUAAUGGAAUCUGAAUACCAUGUACAGUAAUAUAUGGUGUUUAUUCGAUGUAUCAAAAGAACACAUUGGCAGAAAAUUCAAUACACAGCUGAAGUAAUAUUCAAAGCUCAGGUGUCUUUACCACUGUUUAUAGGAAUCCAAUGCAAUUUCUGGGCUUCAAAACAGAAAAAAAUGUAUUCUGGAUGAGGAAAUCUGUCUGAUAUUGAUAUUUACU